CUCUUGCAAAACCCCGGCCGGUCUCUCAGGCAUCCUCUCGGAGCAGCUCUGGGGAGUGCCCCCCACCCACCAUUUCAGCACUGGAGCCAACAGGAUUAACAGGCAGAACUUCAGGUCCCGCCAUGGAGUCUGACCGGCCGGCCACGGAGGUCUGAAGUUCUAAGUCUUUCUCUGGACCCCCGAAGGACACGUCCAGCCACGAGACGGCAGCCACCGCCAUGGCCUCCAGCGGCGCGGAGAGCCAGCUCCAGAGGAUCAUCCGAGAUUUGCAAGAUGCGGUGACUGAACUAAGCAGCGAAUUUAAGGAAGCAGGGGAGCCCAUCACAGACGACAGCACCAGCUUACAUAAGUUUUCUUACAAGCUCGAGUACCUCCUUCAGUUUGAUCAGAAAGACAAGGCCACCCUCCUGGGCAACAAGAAAGACUACUGGGAUUACUUCUGUGACUGUCUGGCCAACGUGAAAGGAGCCAAUGACGGGAUCCGAUUUGUCAAGUCCAUCUCUGAGCUCCGGACAUCUCUGGGGAAAGGAAGAGCAUUUAUCCGCUACUCCUUGGUGCACCAGAGACUGGCAGACACCUUACAGCAGUGCUUCAUGAACACCAAAGUCACCAGUGACUGGUACUACGCCCGAAGCCCGUUUCUGAAGCCGAAGCUGAGCUCAGACAUUGUGGGCCAGCUGUACGAGCUGACCGAGGUGCACUUUGACCUGGCGUCCAGGGGCUACGACUUGGACGCCGCCUGGCCGACAUUUGCCAGGAGGACUCUGGCUCUCAGCUCCUCUGCGUACCUGUGGAAACCUCCCAGCCGAACCUCCAGCAUGAGCAGCUUGGUGAGCAGUUACCUACAGACCCAGGAGAUGGCCUCCAGCUUGGACUUGAACAGCCCCCUGACCAGCGAGGCCCUGGAGGGCUUUGACGAGAUGCGGCUGGAGCUGGACCAGUUGGAGUUGCGGGAGAAGAAGCUGCAGGAGCAAAUGCAGCAGCUGGACCAAGAGAACCAGGAACUAAGGGCAGCUGUCCGCUCACUGAGCGAGCAGCUGCGUGCGGAGAGGGAGACGGAGACGGGGAGCUCGGCCGCCAAGGAUGCCCACCUCACGCGCCUGGCAGCCGAGCUGGAGAAGCAGUGGGGGGUCACCCAGGCCACCGCAGGGGCCGUGAAGGAGCUGCAGAAGUGCCUGCAGGCCCUGGAGCUGGGUGCCGAAGAGCGGGAGGACUUCCAGGCAGGUGUGAGGCAGCUACAGUCCCUGCUGCGGCCCCUGGUGCAGGAACUUGAGGCCACGCGGGACCCACUGGCUGGGAGACCCCAGCAGGAGGCAGAGAAGGCCCUGGACGCAAAGGAGCAGCAAGAGCCCGUCCCCAGAGGCUCAGCCUCGGCCAUCCAGGACCUGGAAGCAAAGCUUCGUGCCCUCGAGGGGGAGAGCACCAGGCUCCAGGAGCUCAACCGGCAGCAGAGCAGCCAGCUGGAGCAGCUGGCCAGGGAGCUGCAGCUGAAGGAGGAGGCCCGAGCCUGCCUGGAGGGCACCGCCAGGGAGAUCGCCCCUCUCCAGGAAGAGCUGGCCAGGAAGGGCAAGGAGGCCGCCCAGCUCCGGCGCCAGUUGCACGAGGCGCUGGGCCACCUGAGCACAGCGGAGGAGGAACUGGCGGAGUCGAGGCACGAGGAGCGGUGCCGGCGGCAGGAGAAGGAGCUGCUGGAGCAGGAGGCCCGGGCACUGAUGCGGCAGUUGCAGCUCCUGGAGACCCAGCUGUCCCAGGUCAGCCAGCACGUGGGCGAGCUGGAGGAGCAGAAGCAGCAGCUCGUUCAGGACAAGGAUCACCUCAGCCAGAAGGUGAAGAUGGUCGAGCAUCUGGCUGGACAGCCCGGCCCACAGCUGCCCGUGGCAGGCGAGGGCUGCGCCCCCCAGCCACAGAGCUGCCAGCAGCUGGAGGGGGGCCAGCCCAGCCAUGCCGAGGCUGACCAGGAGGAGGCGCCCCAGCAGGCCCACAAGGAGCUGCAGGAGGAGCUGCGGAGCGUUCUGGAGCGCAACCAGCUGCUGGAGGGCAAGCUGCAGGCCCUGCAGGCUGACUACGAGGCGCUGCAGGGGCGCGAGGCAGCCAUCCGCGGCUCCCUGGCCUCCCUGCAGUCAGAGCAGGCGAGCAUCCGGCUCAUGGGCGACCAGAUGGAAGCAAGCCUCCAGGCGGUGAGGAAGGCUAAGGAGAUCAUGAAGACCCGAGUGGCAGAGAAGGAUGCCGCCUUGCAGAGCAAGGAGGACGAGUGCCAGCGCCUGCGGGAGGAGGCCGAGCGGUGCCGGCAGCUGGUGGAGGCCCGGGACGGGGAGCUCCAGGAGCUGAGGAGCCAGCGCCAGCAGCAGACCGCGCUGACACAGGUCCCGACGGCAGAGAAAGGCCAAGAGGGGCUCGGCCCUCCCCAGGACGCCACCUCCCACGAGCUGGCCUCCCAGCUGGCCCUGUCUCAGGUGCAGUUGGAGGUUCAUCAGGGGGAGGCCCAGCGCCUGCGGGCCGAAAUGGUGGACAUCCAGAGCCGGCUCCGGGCAGCGCUGGACGACCGGGCGAAGGCGCAGAGCCAGCUGGGAGUGACCGAGGCAGUCCUGGGGGAGCACAAGGCCCUGGUGCGGCAGCUGAAGGAGCAGAGCGAAGCCCUCAACCGGGCCCACGUGCAGGAGCUGCUGCAGUGCUCGGAGCGGGAAGGGGCGCUGCAGGAGGAGAGGGCCAGCGAGGCCCUGCAGAGGGUGGCCGAACUCCAGACGCUGCAGGAGGAGCUGAGCCAGGCUAAGCAGGGCUCCGUGCAAGCCCGGCUGGAGCACGCGGAGCUGCAGGAGCAGCUGCACCGGGCCAACACAGACACGGCUGAGCUCGGCAUCCAGGUCUGUGCCCUGUCCGCGGAGAAGGAUCGCGUGGAGGGGGCCCUGGCCCGGGUCAUCCAGGAGCUGCAGGACACUAAAGAGGUGGCCACCAGGGAGCGCGAGGCCCUGCAGCGCCAAGUGGCGGGGCUGCAGCAAGAGAAGGAACACUUGCAGGAGAAGCUGAGGGUGGCAGAGGCCGAGGACACCGCUGGCGCCCUGGCUAGCCUGCAGGCCCAGCUGGCUCAGGCCGAGCAGCACGCCCAGGGCCUCCGGGCGGCUGCAAGCCAGGAGCUGGACACCGUGAAGUUCCAGCUGAGCACGGAGAUCAUGGACUACCAGAACCAGCUGAAGGCAGCCAGUGAAGAGUCCAGAAGCUUGCGCGGCCAGCUGGAGGAGCAGGGCCGGAAGCUGCGGGCUGCGGAGGAGGCCGAGGGGAAGCUGAAGGCCACCCAGGCAGAGCUGAGGGAGAAGCUGAGAAGCGCCAGCAACCGCCUCGCAGAGUGCCAGGCCUCAGGGCUGCGGAAGGACGAGGAGGGGGCCGCCCUGCGUGAGAACCUGGAGAGGACGCAGCAGGAUCUGGAGAAGGCCACGACAAAAUUCCAGGAGUAUUACAGCCGGCUGUGUGAGGAGGUGGCCACGCGGGAGCAGAAUGACCAGAAGAUGCUCGCUGACUUGGACGACCUGAACAAAACCAAGCAGUACCUGGAGGAGCGGCUGAUUGAGCUGCUCAGGGACAAAGAUGCUCUCUGGCAGAAGUCCGAUGCCCUGGAAUUCCAACAGAAGCUCAGCGCCGAGGAGCGGUGGCUCGGCGACACCGAGGCCAGCCACUGCCUGGACUGCAAGCGGGAGUUCAGCUGGAUGGUGCGGCGGCACCACUGCAGGGUAUGUGGCCGCAUCUUCUGUUACUACUGCUGCAACAACUACGUCCUGUGCAAGCACAGCGGCAAGAAGGAGCGCUGCUGCCGGGCCUGCUUCCGGAAGCUCAACGAGGGGCCUGGCUCUCCUGACAGCAGCAGCUCGGGCAACAGCCAGGAAGAGCCCAGCCCCACGCUGCCGACUGCCGAGCCUGGGCACCAGGUCACCAGAGGCCAAGACUACAGGCCUCCCGACGAUGCCGUGUUUGACAUCAUCACCGAUGAGGAGCUUUGCCAGGUUCAGGAGUCGGGCUCCUCCUUGCCUGAGACGCCCACUGAAGCCGGUGCUCUGGACCCAAGCCUGGGCGAACAACUUGGAAGAACAGAAGGGAAGGAGCAGACGGCCUGGCCACAGGCCUAUCUAGGAAGUCAGACGGCGCUGACCAGCUCGCCUUUCCUCAGGACCUGGUGUCCUAGACCCCGAGCCAUUAGGAUGGACAGCGCGUCAAACUCGCUAACCCCCGAUGACAGCGAAGACAUGCCUGUGGGCCAGGACACUGAAGUCUGCCUGCUGAGGUCCGGAGAGUUGAUGAUCAAAGUGCCCCUCACGGUGGAUGAGCUGGUCAACUUUGGGGAGGGCCACAGGGAGCUGUUUGUGCGCUCCAGCACCUACAGCCUCAUCUCCAUCGCUGUGGCCGAGGCAGGCCUCAUUGUCAACUGGGUCUUCUCCUCCGACCCCAAGAGCAUCUCCUUCAGCGUGGUCUUCCAGGAGGCAGAGGACACACCACUGGAUCAGUGUAAGGUGAGGUCACUUAGGUGGGCCUUUCCCAGAAGAGCUGGGUCCUUCACUGUCCUGCCAGCAGGCCGUCCCUCACUCUGACGGCCUCCUAAGGCCUUCUUCUGAGGAAAGGCCAGGGUGGAGGGUCUCCUGAGCCAUGCCAGGCAGA